AUGCCGUCCAUUCUCAGUGUUCCCCAACCUGGGGAAAACAACUCCAAGUUUUUUAGAGAACUCAGCUUGCAAACUUCAGCUACAAUUAAAUUUCUCAUACCAUUAAAUGCUAAAUCCAAGGUGGACGAUAAAAAGCUAAUUGUCGUUGCUGAAGCACUCGAGAAGAUUAACCCACCUUUGGAAAAGGGCAAGAAGAGAACAAAGAACGAUGAAGAUGUCGAUGGAAAUUUUGAAAAGAAGUCGCAUCGAAAAAAAAUUAAACACCAAAUUACCCACACCUUUGCUGACAUUGAAUUUUCAAGCGAUGAAUAA